AUGGCCUUUUUACUGGAGGAGGGCGAGGUAGCGAUCGCAGAGUCGGGUGUGAUGGUGCCCAUGUCUGUCAAGGUAGGUGAGAAGGUUUUGUACAGCAAGUAUGGUGCAUCUGAAACCAUCGAAUGCAGUGGGGAGGAUCACAUCCUCGUCAGAGAGGACGAUGUCCUCCUGAAGUACGAAGGCGAGGAGCCUUCGCUAGAGCAGGUCUCCAUGCCUCGGGGCAAGGUUCUUGUGAAGCUGUUGGCCAAGGAGGAGGAGACGUCUUUCGGCUUGCUCCUCUCGAAGGAGGCCUCUAAACAGACCACGACCGCCGGCAAGGUGAUUGCUGUUGGCCCGGGCGUCGUUCUAGCCAAUGGAGACGAGCAGCCGGCGCCUGUGCAGGUUGGCGACAUGGUCCGCUUCCGCUAUGGGGACGAGGUCGACCUGGAUAUAGGUGAUGACAAGUUUUCUGUCGUCAGCAGCUCCAACUGCAUCGCGAAAUGGCAGGAUGCUUGA